AUGACUAGCAGAUCUGUCACCGUUACCAAGCGCUAUAAUGAGCCCAUUUCAAUGCGACAGAGUUCAUUGCAAUGCAUGCAGGAGAAGCAAGCGACCCAUCAGUCUGCAUACAAUGCAGAGACAGAAAGGUCAAGCCGCAUGAAGAAGCUCGCUUACCAUUUUGUCACAUUAUGCCUCUUCACCAAAAGUGAUAUGCCCACUUCUACCGGCAUCAAUACCACGUUCGCCAUCGCAGGGAUCCUAGCUGGUCCUGGUACCAUCAGCAAUGCCGACAUUGAAUGGAAUGAUAUGGGCAAGGGCAUUCUCGUUGCUCUCUACUUCACUUGGCACUUGACCCUCUGCUUCAAUCUCGGAAAUCAGCGUCAGCCGCAAUCCGUCAUUGAGGAUGGCGUCAACAAGCCGUGGCGGCCCAUUCCGGCUGGCCGCAUCUCCCCUGAGCUGACACACAAAUGGCAGCUAGUCUCAAUUGUCUCCCUCCUUGCUCUGUGCUAUACUACUCUGGGGGCUUGGCAGGAAACUGCCUUUUACCUCUUCUGCACCUGGCUGUACAAUGAGCGUGCUUGGGGUGACAAGAGCUGGUGGCAGCGCGCCCUAAUGAACGCCUGCGGUAUCACUACCAACCGUGUAGCAACCCUUCGGGUGGCUGUCACCGCCAUCCAAGCCAAUUCUCAUGAGAACUUCGAGUUCACUAACAAGGGUUUGGGCUGGUUCCUCAUGUGCGCAUCCCUUGUCUUCACUACCAUCCAGGUUCAAGACUUGCGUGAUCAGGAGGGUGACAAGUUGAUCGACCGCCAGACCUUUCCUCUUAUUCUUGGCGAUGCACCAACACGCUGGAUCACAGCUGUAGCUGUUAUGAUCUGGUCAUUGGUCUGUCCACUUUACUGGGGACUUGGGGUUGUCGGCUGUGCCGUACCCAUCUUGAAUGGAGCUAUAGUCUCAGCUCAUAUGCUCAUCUGCCGCUCUCGUGAGCAGGAUCAAACAAGCUUUCGCCUGGUGGCAGCUUGGAAGCGCAAGAAGUCGGGACCGAAAGGGCCCAGAAAGCGUACCAAGGAGGCGAUCCUGCAGGCUCAGAGAUCUGCAAAGCAUACAAGAACCGAUAUUGAUGGUGAAAUUCGGGCCCAAGACUUGGCUGAAGCUCCUUCAUCAACGCGGCACAAUGGAUCACCAAAUAGUUCGCCAAGUGGCGGCUCCCAGAGUCCCCAAGGCGCGCAGGAUAUGACGAUUGUUAGCUAUGAUGCUCGGAUAUCGAGGUCAUCCUUCAGCUACUAUUUGAACAUAUAUCACGACUGCUUAUAUGUUGUAUGGCCCGUCAUAGACCAUGAAGUACUUCUCACCCGUCUCCGCAACCCCGAUAACAAGAUUGCAUAUGCCCUUGCCGCAUCAAUAUGCUCAGCAACACGAGCCCAGCUUCGCCUUUCGAAUGAUGAUGCGGGCCCUUCAACGUAUAAAAUGGCAUACGAAGCUGAACAAUCUCGUCUGAUGCUCGAUUACUCGAAGCAUCAAAUCAUCGACGGCCUGUUGACAUGUUUCUUCCUCCAUGUCUUCUACUCCAACACGGGACGAAUCACAAAGUCUACACUGCUUCUUCGAGAAGCCAUCGCAUAUGCACAUAUUCUUGGACUUCAUCAAGACUUGUUCUAUACUGAUUUGGACCAUGAUACGAUCCAGUAUCAUCUUCGCAUCGCGUGGAUCUUGUUCAUCACGGAUAGGGCUCACUCCCUUCAACACGAUCUACCUCCUACGUUUAAGCUCAGUCCGACGCUCCCGGAGCUCCAUCCACAACAGGACGCGGGGCUUGGUUCAGCAUUCUGCAGUUUAUGCAGACUGUUUCAAGCUUUUGACGACGCCUGCCCUCCAGAUGUCAGAUCCAACCAGGUUGGCUUCUUGGGUGCCAUUAGCUCACAGUUGAGGGCACGGUAUCCUCUUCCUCUUUGCGACAAUGAGAUUCAGCGAGCUGACAUCGUUGUAACUGACUCUUGGCUGCGCGUCGUGCUAUGGAAAGCGGCCAUCCCAUAUGUUGACGCAAAUACUGACCCAAACGACCAAGGUCUAAGUGUCUCGUUUCCCACGUCUGUGGCGAGAGAUUUACUGGCGAAACUGACCACUCUAUCCUCCUGCGCUCUCGAGACCCAUGGCCCUGGAAUGAUGUCGAAAUUGUUUGAAGUCGCAAAUUCAGUGGCAGACGUCAUCAUCUGCGCCCCUGACCUUGCAGAUGUAGAUUCGGCUCAUGUUGGUCCCCGAGAUAUUCUUUGCGCCCUGAGCAGCUUGAUCGCCUCGCUGCGAACGACAGCCAACCCUGCGCUUCUAACCCUGUUGCGAGAGAAGAUGAUGGCAUGUGCAUUGGGCCAAGCAGGGCCAGGAAGGCUGUUGCAGAUCACGGAUGUUCCGGAUGGUGAUCUACAAUCUGAAGAGAUGAAUCUAGUAGACUAG